GCUAUUCGUGUGCGAAUUCAAUAAUUAUCGUCAUACACCAUGUCCUUCUAUCCCUUUGAGGUCACUAUUCCGCACAUCAUCUACACAAUCCUAGGAAUGUUUGUUGUAAUAUUCGGCAUGUUUUCGCUCCUUCUCCGUGAAAAACUAUAUAUAGGAGAAGCAUGUUGGGCCUUCUUAUUCGGUAUCAUUAUUGGUCCUUACGGUGCAAAUAUCUUCAAUCCGCGCAGCUGGGGCAAUUCUGACGACGAAAUUACCAACACUAUAACACUCGAGUUUUGCCGCGUUGUAUUGGCGAUUGGUGUGUUCGCUAUAGGUGUCGAGUUGCCCAAAGCCUACAUGGCAAGACACUGGAAAAGUCUUUUCUUUCUCUUAGCACCUGUCAUGACCUGGGGCUGGUUCGUGUCUGCGGCUUUCAUUUAUGCACUCAUUCCCAACUUGAACUUUCUUUCCUCCCUGGCUGUCGCUGCUUGCCUCACGCCAACCGAUCCUAUUCUCGCAGCAGCAGUUGUCGGCGGUAAAUAUGCCGAUAAACACGUUCCAGCGCACAUUCGACAUCUUUUGGCAGCGGAAAGUGGCUGCAAUGACGGCGCGGCUUUCCCGUUCUUGUAUAUUGCCUUAUAUCUUGUCCUUGAUCAAACCACUGGCUCGGCGAUUAGGGAUUGGUUCUUGUUACUUUGGUUAUAUCAGGUAACUUUGGGAAUAGUUAUUGGGUCUUGUCUUGGCUUCGGAUUCCGUCACCUCAUGAAGUUCUGCGAGAGACACAAUUUGAUAGAUAGGCACUCCUACAUCGCUCAAUAUAUUUCCUUGGCAUUGGGCACAAUUGGGGUUACUACUUUGCUUGGCUCAGACGAUCUGCUUUCGACGUUCGCAUGCGGUACGGCCUUUGCUUGGGAUGGAUUCUUCAAUCGCCAGACCGAGGAAUCUGUAUUUUCGUCCGUCAUUGAUCUCUUGUUCAACAUUGCGGCUUUUAUCUUUGUGGGAGCAUGGAUGCCAUUUCAUGAAUUUUCGAAUGCGGAAACUUCGCUAUCAGUUUGGCGCCUGAUCGUAAUUGCAAUCCUGGUACUGCUCUUUCGGAGGUUACCUGCAGUUGUAGCAUUGUACAAAUGGAUUCCCGAUAUCAAAACGUUCAGGGAAGCUAUUUUCACAGGUCAUUUUGGACCAAUGGGAAUCGGGGCCGUUUUUAUUUCAACGCUCGCCGCUGGGGUACUUUCUGAAAAUUCCACCGCACAACAGAAUCCUCAAACUGUCAUACUUACCCAGUCCAUCCAGCCUAUCACAGCAUUCAUGGUGCUUUGUUCGAUCACAAUUCAUGGUCUAUCCAUUCCGUCAUUUUCUCUAGGACGUCGCGUCCACUCUGUUUCUCGUACUUGGAGUAGACAUACCAGCGGACUCCCAGAAUGGGCGACUCAAGCCCGCCAUGUCACUGACAGAGAUGAUAUCGUGAUAAAUAGGGAUCGAGACGAAACCGAUGAACUGGAAAGGGGAGAACACACCCCACACGAAAAGCUGAGUCCGGAAGGCGACAAACGAAUUCAUACUUCGAUUUCUCCGCCUCUUUCUCCGCUCGCUUCUGCCUCUCCCGGUGUUCAAGGUAUCGGUGAAGAACCUAGCGCCGAAAUACUGCCUCCUGGUGAGGAGCCGCCGGAUGGAAUAGAGACAUUGUCAGAAUGGCAAGAAGGUCCUCACCGUGUCAUAGAACGGCGUGCAGGUCCCGGGGAAGAGGUCGAAGUUGAAGUCAUCAAGAAUUACGGUUCACCGGAUGCCCACUCUUCAUUGUUUCGGGGCGAGCGCGCGGAAGCCCAAAGACACUUGAAAGAGUAUCUAGGUCGCCUACGAAAAGCGGUAGAUGACAAUACGGCGGAGACUAGACAGAAGGCAGAAAAAGAUGUGAAGGAAAUGGAAAACAUGGCGAAAGAAACCUUGGAACACGGAAUAGAAAAGGUGGAACAAUCUGCGCAUAAUGCCAAAGAGAUGGAAAGCGAGGACGAAGGUUGGGCGAGCGAUGCUGACGCAGCUCUCACAGAUAUUAUUACCGCUAAAAAGCAACGAUCUAAGUCGCCUAGGAGCAAGACCUUAAAAACUGGUGGAAGAAGGAGAAAUUCUAUCCGAAGGGGUUUGAUGGGUAGAGUUAUGAAGUCUACAGAUACCUCCUCUAGUUCGAAGCCGUCAGCAGUCGACGAACUGGAUGAGAGAGGCCGUAAUUUGGGCCAUCCCUCGUCCGUUCAGCCUCAUUCUAGUCCCGGUAGCUCACUGAGGCACAACCGCAUUGAUUCAUUACGGACUGUGCAUUCUCAGAAGUCGAGGGAACAGUCGCCUGCACGGUCUAUACGGUUCUUUGACGAGGCGCCAAGUAGUCGACCUGGUUCUGGUACUACAACCCCUCGACAUGAAUCUUUCAAUCUUCGUUCAACACUAGAAACACAACCUAAUGAACAGGAAUGA